GACGCGAGUUUUGUGGGGCAGCGAGGCGACCAGAAAGACAAGUUCCGAGUUUUCCAAGCACACUUUUGAGAGCAGUCGGAGCUCCACGGCAAUUUACUGUUUCGCCAAUUCAGUACACUCGCUCGAUGUAAUUAUACUAAAUGCGAUCGCGAAGGCUGAAUGAGUCACCGCGCGAGUGAAAAAGAAAAAUCGUGUGCUUGUGUUGAAAUCUGCGACUGUGAUUUCUUGCACUCUUUUCGUGCCUCUUUGCAGAGAUUUCGUGGUGGAAUCUUAUCGAGUGUUUAGUGUAGUUGGUGGAGUUUCUCGGGUGACAAAAGGCGAGGAGGAAGUUUGGAAUUGACGCGAUAAAUUCAGUGGAAUUGCGUUGUGUGCAGCGCUUGUGUGUGUGCGAUGUCCGGAAGAGCCCGUGAAGUGAGGAGUUGCGACGGAGAAGAUGCUUGAGACUUGCCGAAUACAAGGACUUGUCAGCUAAAAAUAGCCACACGUCGCUUGGUCAGUGUCUCUUGGCCACUUCGGUUGCAGCGCUUUUGGAGGCCCCGCGAGUGACUGCAGGCCGUCCAGAUGGAGGAGAAGCGCGUCGCGGACUACUUCGUGGUGGCGGGAAUGCCGGAACAGCCGCAGCUCCUGCAGGAGAACAGAUUCAACGACAGCGGCCACCUGAAGUCCGUCUCCUCGACGGAUCCCAUUAUCGACAUUGGGGUGUUUUUCCCCGCCCACGGCGAGAAAGUGCCUCGCGGCUUCGAGAUUCUCGAGUAUACGCCCACAGGACUCUAUGCUGACCUCAAUUUCGGCUCCGUGCGCACCACUGCGUGCUUCAUCUACUUCCGGCGCGGCCGGAACAAGCCGCCACUCGUGGACAUUGGCGUGAUGUACGACGGAGCCGAGCGAAUCAUGCCGGACGCAGAGAUUGUGCUGCAGACGCCCGGAGAGCGCUUAGCCAAUGUGAACAACUCCUCGGCGAAGACUUUCCUCACCUUCCGGCGCGCGCGGGCUGACAUGCCCUGCAACGAGCUGGUGGUGACGGAUCUGUGCGUGAUUGUGCCGAGCAAGGGCGAGCGUCCGCCGCACGCCUUCUGCCAGAUCCACAAGACCCUAAACAAGGGCAUGAUGGGCAGCGACGUGUACCUGUGCUACAAGAAGUCCAUGAACAGGCCGCGCCACAUCAGCUACCAGCCGGAGAUCCUGCACAGAUACCCGGCGGCGGACCACAACGACUUCCCACUGAAUCUCUGCCCGAGCGUGCCUUUGUUCUGCCUGCCCAUGGGCAGCUCUCUGGAGGUGUGGCCGCACGCCGUUGAAGAAAGCGGACGGCGGCGGCGCGCCCCCAUCGCGCCCAUAUUCAGCACCUUCGUUCUCACCGUGUCUGAUGGCACGUACAAAGUGUACGGAUCGGCGCUGACCUUCUACGAAGAUUUCCCGUGCGAGAGUCUCACGGCGGAACAGAAGGAGUUGCUGGAGUGGAACGAGGAGAUGGCAGACACACACACACUCCAUGCGAACAAAUCCAUCUGCCUGCUGUCGCAUCAUCCCUUCGGUGACACGUUCGAGAAGUGGCUGCAGUUCCUCCAGCAAAUGGCGACAAACGGGAAAGCGAUGGCGGUGCCCAUUGAGAGGUACAUUACUCAACUGCUGGACGAGGUACCAUUCCCCUCGCCCAGCAUUCUCCUGCAGCUGUCCACCGUCAGCAAUGAUCGCAUCCUCCUCACGCAGCCGGAGGACUCUCCGUUGCCGCGCAGCGGCGCAGGCUUCAGACAGCUCCUGGCCAAUCUGGGCCCUGAAAACUGCCUUCACGUGCUGUUACUGGUCUUGACGGAGCAGAAGAUCCUCAUCCACUCACUCAGACCGGCGACUCUCACCGCUGUGGCCGAAGCUGUGGUGACUCUGCUGUUCCCCUUCAAGUGGCAGUGUCCCUACAUCCCGCUCUGUCCGCUGGGACUCGCCGAAGUGCUGCACGCUCCUCUGCCCUACUUGAUUGGUGUGGAUUCGCGUUUCUUUGACAUGUACGAUCCGCCAAAUGACGUGACGUGUGUGGAUUUGGACACCAACAGCAUCAGCGUGUGUGAAUCCCAGAAGCAUCUCACCACAAAGAUCCUGCCGAAACGACCGGCGAGGAUUCUGAAGCAGACACUGAAGCAUCUGGAAGAGGUGAGUCAGUGCCCGAAUCAGAACAGCACAAACAGCCUCGAUCGGGACUUCAAGAAGAAAAAGCGCGAACAGAAUCUGGAGCAGAGGAUUCAAGAGGCUUUCCUGCGCUUCAUGUCGUGCAUCUUGCGAGGCUACAGAGAUUAUCUGGUGCCCAUGUCUAAGGCACCAACGAUUGGCGCCACAGAUCCCAAUGCGCUGUUCCAGCUGAGCGCAUUCCUGCGGUCGCGAGACAAGGCGCAUCACAAAUUUUUCCAAUUGCUCAUGAAGACGCAGAUGUUCAUUCGCUUCAUCGAGGAGCGGUCUUUUGUGUCGGACGGGGAUCAAGGACUGGCAUUCUUCGAUGAGUGCACGGAGAAGGUGGGUGUGUACGAGGACACGCCCACGGAGAUCAGGCUAGUGGAGUGGGACAGCGGGCACAGCAGCGAGAGGACAAAGUUCAUUCUGCCACCCGAAUGCCAACCGGGCGCCACGAAUGGCAUGCAGACGUUCAUGUAUAGCACUUUCACGCUCAAUCCGGCACUACUAAAGCACUCGAAGAAGACACACCUGACGAAUUUUGCUCAAAUGCAUGCUCACGUGACACCCGGAUCGCCCAUGGCGCGCCGCACGAAGCACGAAAUCAAGGCGGCGCAGAAGAUUGCGAGGAAGAGUGCUCUCAACCCGGAAUCGUGGGCGAAGCAUCUCCUGGCCACUUGCUACAGCAUCUACUUCAUCAUCCUGCCCAGCGUGGUGACGGACAAUCCGGGCAAGGAGCACAGUAUCCUGCGGGCAGCGUACGAUCUGCUGGCCAAGGCGAGCAAGUUCAAGAUCCAAUGCGAUGAGGUGUGCUAUCGCGUGAUGAUGCAACUCUGCGGCAUCCACAAUCUCCCCGUGCUGGCCGUGCGUUUGCACUAUUUGAUGAAGCGUUCGGGCGUGCAGGCAAACGCCCUGACGUAUGGCUUCUACAACAGAUGCGUUCUCGAGGCUCAGUGGCCAUCGGACUCGACAACCUUGAGCCAGUUGCGGUGGAAUCGAUUGAAGAACGUUGUCUUCGGGGCGGCGCAGUUUCGCAAGGCGGGCAAGAAGUUCCAGUCGCGCAAGAAGCUCUCGACGUCCUGCGAGAACAAUCUCAGCACACUCGAGACAGUGGACGGAACGUCGCGGACGAGCCUGGAUUCCGCGCACUCCACAAAUGAGCCACAGGCGAGCACAUCCAUUGACUUCACUGCAUUCGAUCGCCUUCGCGGGCGCCUGGGCAGCAUUGUUCGGCAGUCUGGGCCACAGGAGCCGGCGGAUGUGCUAUCCAGCGCGGGGUUGUUGAUCUCCGGCGAGGGCGCCAACAAGUCGCCGAGCCCCAACAAAGAAUCGCCGGUGUUUAAGCCCUCGCCGUCGAGCCCGUGCGAUUUGAGCCCACGCAUGCUGGCAAAAUCCGACAGCUUCGCUGGGGAUUCCGGUCUCAUUGAUAAGCUGAACAGCAAGACAAGGCGAGUGCUCAAUUUCCAAGUGGAGGAGGAGGAGAUCGAAGAUAAGCAGCUGAGCUCGCAAGAGGAGCUCAACGAUGACGAGGACAACAAGCAACAAUCCAGUCCGACCAAAAUUUCCCCACGAACACCUGUGACGCAAAACGAUCCACUUGGCGCACUCAAUGACGAUGACGAGGAAGUCUGUGCGACUCCACAGGCGAAGAGUGCGGCCGGGGAGGAGCAGAGGGAGUCGGCGUGUAAUAAUAACAACACAAUGUACACGGAUCAGCCAAUUCUGUUCAAGGGACACAGAAGUGCCACUUUUGAUGAAUCAACACAACUGGGCAAGAGCAUGCACAGGUCGGAGACAAUGCCAGCGGCUUCGGUGACGUCCAGCCUGGCGAGUUUGGGAUCAUCGCUGAAGUUUAGCUUUGGACGCUACUCACCUGCACGUUUGUCGUUGAGAAAGGAUUUGAAAAUUCCGACGCAAAUAAUCGAGAACUUUCCCAAUAUCAGCCCGAGUCUGACUGGGAAGAAGUCCAAUGAGAUCAUUCAAGGUGGAAUAAGCAGCAUCAAGCAUGCAGCAACGUCGGUGGCGAAGAAAUUGGAUGAGAUUAAGGAGGCGAUUUCGGCGAAUUCCACACCCGUGAAGACGGGCAGUCUUGAGCGCGGUGCUCAGUUGCACGUGUCGGAAGAUGACUUGCUGACAGACGAUGCGGCGUCGCGUUCGCGACGCGCUAGUGAUCUGGAUUUGUGGGGGAGAUUGAGUGAAUCGAGGAAGUCUAGCUACAAUAAUUUAGUGCCUCUAGGCGAGAAUACGUCCAGCAAUAGCUUGAACAGCACUUAUCCAACACUACCGGACAACUUGUAUCCACCAUUUGUGGAGGUUGGCGAGACCCAAGAAUGUGAUAUUACGAUAGAAUUAACGUCUUGCUCACAGUGUCACAAUUGCUCUGUGCUGCUGUACGACGAGGACAUAAUGGCGGGGUGGUCGUCUGAGGAUUCCAACUUGAACACAACAUGCCAUGCCUGUAGCAAGUUAACUGUGCCAUUCCUCAAUGUCUACAUGAAUGUUCACAACGAGACACUGCAGAAGGUGAAGAAAUCAGAACGUAUCAGCGUGCCGUAUCUGAAUCCAUUGGUGCUGCGAAAGGAAUUGGAGAAUAUUCUCAUGCAAGAGGGUGACGGUGUCCUCUGCAAGCUGUCGUUUGUGGAGGAGCAUCCGAUCAUCUAUUGGAAUUUGGUGUGGAUCAUGGAGAGAAUUGACGUUACCACACAUUUGCCCAACUUGUGCCUGCCGAAACAGGAGGACGAGGAAAUUGACCCACUGAGUGGCAUGAAAACGCUGGUGGUUCACUGUUUGUGGGACAAUUUGGAGUUGCAUUCAGAGGCGGGACCGCCGAUGUACAUUGUUUGGCGGCAGAAUCCCUCGCCGAGUCCUCUCCUGAAGGCUCUUCUCACAGACCAAACAACGCUCAAUCGAACUGUUAUUCAGCAAGUGAUCUCAGCUGUGAGAUGCAACGAUCUGCUAACUCCUGUGCGGCGUCUGGCGAAUGAGAGGCACAAAUUGAAGGGACGCGGUGUGGAUCGAACCCAUUCGAUCUACAGAGACGUGCUGUUUCUCGCCCUCACGGCGAUUGGGCGCGCGAAUAUCGACAUGGGAUUCUUUCAUCGGGAGUACGCUCUUGUGUUUGACAAGCUAACUGAGAAGGAGUGCAAGACGUACUAUCGGAGUCAAGAUCUGCCACCGGCGGCGGCGGCAAUUUGCUGCCGAGCCUUCUUCAAGCCUCUCCUGCUGCCCUGACACACAGACAAUCGACAGAUGUGGCAUUUGCGCAGGUAAUUGAUAUGAUCAUCUUGUUAUCUGCUUCAUCUCUGGUGCACUUUUCAUUAGCCUUACUUCCCUAUUACCAUUAUUUAAAAGCGUCGAUCGCCGACACCACAGCUUAGAAGUGGUGUCGAUCUUAUUUUAUAGUUUAUAGAGAGUGAGAUGGUGAAAUCUCCCUGUUGACUCGUGAAAUUAUGUGUGUCUAUGCGCGUAUAAAUUGUUGAAGAUGCAAUACACACCAUGUUAUCAUGAUUUUGGAUUUGGCGAUAAGUAUAAUAAAUUUAUGUGGUUAACACGUUUGAAUCAACGAAUUGAUAAGCACACGCAUUGAAACUUUAAAACUCUGGUUUGUACUUAAGCGCGAGGACAAGGAGCCACUCAAUUACCAAGAGUAAAUUCUCGGUUGUAGCGUUCAUUAACACUCCAUUUAUAAUUUACACACGGAACACGGAGAUGAAUAUCUUCAAAUUUAUUCUGUUACUCUUAUUAGAAAUUAUUACAUGAAAUGGCUUUUGUAAAAUUGUACAGUGUCGGCACAGCUGAUGGAGAAAAUAAAGUAUAUGAUGAGAAAGUGA